AUGUCAACAAAAGAAUUCAGCCUUAGCUAUGAAUACUAAGAAGGAAAGUGGUAAGAAACUAAAGAGUCUUCUUGUUUUUCCUCACAAAGUUGCAACAAAAAUCUUAAGAUAGGAGCUUUUAAUGUUUUAUGGGGAAAUUCUAAUAAGUUUAUCAACAUGUUUAACAGAAACGAGCAAAGAUUUAACUAUAUAAUCAAUAAGCUGAUUCCUCAGACUGAUCCAGAUAUACUCUCGCUAUUAGAAGUUUCAGAAUAAUUUAUGGAAAUGCUUACUUCAAACUAGCAUAUUAGAAAUAAUUAUUACUUGAGUCAUGUUAAAAGAAAAAGAAUUGACUAUGUUCACGAAGUGGUAAUGAUAUCCAAGCUUCCUUUUUCUUCUAUUUUUAUGAAUGAUGAUGAUUAUGGUAGAUGCAUAUUUAGUAUUUUUACUGAUUCAGUACCUUCCAAUAGUUUUAUGGUUUUAACAAGUCACUUCUGGGCUUAUGAAUAAGAUUAUGUAAGUAGAAGUAAGUAAAUGGAGCUCAUAGAUUUAUCAAUACAAACUAACUCUUUUUUAGAAAAUGUUAAUCUUCCAGUUAAAAUAUAAAAGGCUGCUUUAGAAGCAUCUCAGAAAAGCAAUAUUAUAUUGUAAGGUGAUUUAAAUUUACAUUUAAAACACGAAGAUUCGUUUAUCUAUAAAUUUGGAUUUGUAGAUGUUUGGAGAGAAAUUUAUCCUCAUGAUGAUGGUUAUACUUGGGAUGCUUAAAAAAACAAAUUCGUAAAGAGUAUUUACAUUUUAGACAAUAGAAGGAUGAGAUUAGAUAGAAUUUUACUAAGGUAAAAUAGUCAUCUCUUUAAAAUCAUAGAUAUUUAAAUUAAAGCUCAGGAAUCUAUAGGGUUCAAUUUAUGCUGCAGUGAUCAUUACAUGUUAUUGUCUGAAAUUUAAAUAAACAAAGAGCCUAAAAUGUACAUUUAAAAGUAUGAUAUCUCAAACAUCCUUAUGGAAAAAAAAACAGGUUUCAGAUCCUUUCCAACAAUAAUUAAGUUGAGAAUUUUACUUUUAAUUUCCAUACUUUUAGGGAUUGUGAUUACACCUUUUGGAGUUAAUUUAUUAAAAAGGAAAUUAAUGUAAUAUUGA